CUCCCGCCCCCUCCCAGACUCCCAGCCUCUCUCGGGAGAAUGAGGCGGCUUGAGGGCUGUGGCUGAGCUGCGGUUGCUGGGUGACAAGUCGGAGCCGGGACAGGCAUAAUGGCAGAAACUGCUUCUCCACUGAAGCACUUUGUGCUGGCUAAGAAGGCAAUUACAACCAUCUUUGACCAGUUACUGGAGUUUGUUACUGAAGGAUCACAUUUUGUUGAAGCAACAUACAAGAAUCCAGAACUUGACCAAGUAGCUACUGAGGAUGAUCUGAUAGAAAUACAGAGAUAUGAAAACAAGCUUUCCAUCAUUGGUGAGGUGCUGUCUCGGAGACACAUGAAAGUGGCAUUUUUUGGCAGGACAAGCAGUGGGAAGAGCUCUGUAAUCAAUGCCAUGUUGUGGGAUAAAGUCCUCCCUAGUGGAAUUGGCCAUACAACCAAUUGCUUCCUGAGUGUUGAAGGAACCGAUGGAGAUAAAGCCUAUCUCAUGACAGAAGGGUCAGAUGAAAAAAAGAGUGUGAAGACAGUUAAUCAGCUGGCCCAUGCCCUUCAUAUGGACAAAGACUUGAAAGCUGGCUGUCUUGUACAUGUGUUUUGGCCAAAGGCAAAAUGUGCCCUCUUGAGAGAUGACCUGGUUUUAGUGGAUAGUCCAGGUACAGAUGUCACUACAGAGCUGGAUAGCUGGAUUGAUAAGUUUUGCUUAGAUGCUGAUGUUUUCGUUUUGGUUGCAAAUUCUGAAUCAACUCUAAUGAACACGGAAAAACAGUUUUUUCACAAGGUAAAUGAGAGACUUUCCAAGCCUAAUAUUUUUAUUCUGAAUAAUCGUUGGGAUGCUUCUGCAUCAGAGCCAGAAUAUAUGGAAGAUGUACGCAGACAGCACAUGGAAAGAUGCCUACAUUUCUUGGUGGAGGAGCUCAAAGUUGUGGAUCCUUUAGAAGCACGGAAUCGUAUCUUUUUUGUUUCCGCAAAGGAAGUUCUUAGUGCUAGAAAGCACAAAGCACAGGGCAUGCCAGAAGGUGGUGGGGCACUUGCAGAAGGAUUUCAGGCAAGAUUACAGGAGUUUCAGAAUUUUGAACAAAUCUUUGAGGAGUGUAUCUCGCAGUCAGCAGUGAAAACAAAGUUUGAACAGCACACUAUCAGAGCUAAACAGAUACUAGAAACUGUGAAAAACAUAAUGGAUUCAAUAAACGUGGCAGCAGCAGAGAAAAGGAUUUAUUCAAUAGAAGAGAGGGAAGACCAAAUUGAUAGACUGGAUUUUAUCCGAAACCAGAUGAACCUUUUAACACUGGAUGUUAAGAAGAAAAUCAAGGAGGUUACAGAGGAGGUUGCAAAUAAGGUUUCGUGUGCAAUGACAGAUGAAAUUUGUCGACUCUCUGUUUUGGUUGAUGAAUUUUGUUCUGAGUUUCAUCCUACUCCAAGUGUAUUGAAAGUAUAUAAAAAUGAGUUAAAUAAGCACAUAGAAGAUGGAAUGGGAAGAAAUUUGGCUGAUCGGUGCACCAAUGAAGUCAAUGCUUCAAUGCUUCAAUCCCAGCAAGAAAUUAUUGAAAAUUUGAAGCCAUUACUUCCAGCUGGUAUACAGAAUAAAUUACAUACAUUGAUUCCUUGCAAGAAAUUUGAUCUCAGCUAUGACUUAAAUUGCCACAAGUUAUGUUCAGAUUUUCAAGAGGAUAUUGUAUUUCAUUUUUCCUUGGGCUGGUCUUCCCUUGUCCAUCGUUUCUUGGGCCCUACAAAUGCGCAGCGGGUGCUUCUAGGAUUAUCAGAGCCUAUCUUUCAGAUACAAGUCUUUAUCAAGAUACAUGAUUUCCAACUCCCCAGAUCUUUAGCUUCUACUCCCACUGCUCCUACCAAUCCAGCAACGCCAGAUAACGCAUCGCAGGAAGAACUCAUGGUUACCUUAAUAACAGCAUUAGCUUCUCUUACAUCUAGAACUUCUAUGGGCGUCAUUGUUGUUGGAGGAGUGAUUUGGAAAACUGUAGGCUGGAAACUCAUAUCUGUUUCAUUAAGUAUGUAUGGAGCUUUGUAUCUUUAUGAAAGGCUGACUUGGACCACCCGUGCCAAGGAGAGAGCCUUUAAACAGCAAUUUGUGAAUUAUGCAACUGAAAAACUGCAAAUGAUUGUGAGCUUCACAAGUGCCAACUGCAGCCAUCAAGUACAACAGGAAAUGGCAACCACUUUUGCUCGCCUGUGCCAACAAGUUGAUAUUACACAGAGACAUCUAGAAGAAGAAGUAGCUAGAUUAUCCCAAGAAAUAAAUCAAUUGGAGAAAAUACAAAACAAUUCAAAGCGCUUAAGAAAUAAAGCUGUUCAACUUGAAAACGAGCUGGAGAAUUUUACUAAGCAUUUUCUACAUUCAAGCAAUGAAGAAUCUUAACAGAGAUUGCUUUGGUGAUCAUCAUAGGAGAAAAUGGAACUUCGAAGAUUGGGGCAGUUAUUUUUAUGAAGUGACUUUAAAUAUGAAUUAUACUAAGUAUACCUAAAUCGCAAAUCCUUGAGUAGAUCCUGGUAUUGAUCUAUCUCAGGGUGUUUGCAUUUCUGAAGAGUAUUAUGAUGUCUCUUUAGUUUUAAUUUUGGGUAAAGAAAAAUCCUUUGAUAUGUGAAAAUGAUGAAUUACAGUAAAAGAACCAACUCUGUGACCCCUGAGGGGUGGGGCCUUGCUCUUAAUUAGGGCUCUCUUUUUUUUUUGAUUCUGAAAAACUCUGCUUCCUGGCAUCCAGGAGUUAGAGAAUGUUCCUUUCAUCUUCUUUCUCAAAACAAAUUUUUGAUGCCUACUUUAAUGGGAAUAGUCACAUUUUUGUUUUAUAAACUGCAUUGCGCUAACCUACAAAGGAGUGUGGAGUGUUCUUGAGUGUUAUAUAUGCAGGUUACAAUCACUUUUGCCAUCCGAGCAGGUAUGUAAACCACUAAUAAAUACCGCUGUUUUUACUCCCUCUUUUAUUCCCAUUAAAACUGAUGUAAAACAGUAUAUAGGUUUGUUAUUAUAAAGUCCCUUAUACAGGUAUUUGGGUCUAAAUAGUUUUCUCAUCUGUUUCUCAAGAAACAUUUUCAGCCUCAACUCUGAUUCCAGUAAGGAAAGCUUUCUAUCUCAGUUUUAAGAGUUAAGUUUGAAGUGAUAAAAAUAGCCAAAGAUAUGGGAGAUCUGAAUUUUGGGUGGCUACAGUCAUGUACAAAUGCUGUUCUUCAGAAAGUAUUUACUGAGGAUACUGCUGGGUUGUUCCCCUGGGUGGCUUUUCCUUUUAUUUAAUUGUAUGAAUUUAACAUGUCACCAUUAAAAAUUAUUGUACUUUUUACCUUAAUGAAAUGUUU